AUGCGUUCUAUUUCCUGCGCUAGCCAGCUUCUGGCUGCAUUCGCAAGCCUAAGUCUGGCAGCGGCGAAGCCAUUGUCUGUCCUCGAAGCUCGGGGUCACAGGCAUAUCAAGCCCAAGGUCUUCUUGAUUGACAUGUUUCCUCCCGAAGGCGCAGCAUGGUACGGUAUCCCAGAGUUCAAUCUCCUUGCGAAGAACAUUUCUGUGCCCGGCCUCUCGCCGCUCUACCCUGAUGUGCACUGCACUGAAGAAGGGGAUGUAUGCCAGAUCGUUACAGGGGAAGCUGAGAUCAAUGCCGCCAAUAGCAUGAACGCCCUGACUUUCUCCGGUCUGUUCGACUUCACCAAGACAUAUUUCAUGAUUGCAGGCAUUGCUGGUGUCAGUCCCAAAGUAGCCACUUUGGGAUCAGUCACCUUUGCCAAAUAUGCCGUCUCCGUGGAAUUGCAAUACGAAUUCGAUGCUAGAGAAAUUCCAGCCAACUUCACAACAGGAUACGUCCCGCAAGGCAGUACGGAUCCAAUCGAGUAUCCUCAAAGCAUCUACGGCACUGAGGUCUUCGAAGUCAAUGAUAAUCUACGCCAACUUGCCAUUGGCUUCGCCAAAACUGCAGUUUUGAACGACUCUACCGCCGCAAUGGCGUACCGGGCCAACUAUGCAUCAACGAGCGCUUACGAAGCUGGCAGUCGAGGGCCCAGCGUCGUGGGUUGCGAUGCUGCUACAUCAGACGUCUACUUCAGCGGUACGCUGCUGAGUGAAGCCUUCGAGAACACUACAAAGCUCUUCACAAAUGGGAGUGGCGUGUACUGUACAACGGCACAAGAAGAUACUGCUACACUCGAAGCUCUUCUGCGUGGAGCCAUCGCCAAUCUUACCGACUUCAGCCGUAUCAUUGUCAUGCGCACGGCUUCAGACUUCGAUCGUCCGUAUGCUGGAGAGUCUGAUACCUUCAACCUCUUCUACGCUAAUCAAGGUGGAUUUGAGCCGGCAAUAGACAAUAUCUAUCUGGCGGGUAUCAAAGUGGUGGAGGGGAUCUUGAAUGAGUGGGAAAGUACUUUUGCGAAGGGGAUCCCUGCUACCAAUUAUAUUGGUGACAUAUUCGGCAGUUUGGGAGGUAUGCCUGAUUUUGGUCCUGGAUCUAUGUUUAAUGAUAACCCGGUCAAAAAGAGGAGUGUAAAGGGAAGGAACGCGGCGAGAGGAUACGCAUAA